UUAGUCUCCUAUUGCCUCUUGAUUAUAAAAUUAAUGACAAAUAUUUGUAUUACUAAUUUUGAGUAAAUUUUGAGUCUCAAAAGGAUUUUCGAUCGGUUUUGUGCAGAAAACCUUUGCCCACCCGGGAAAUUAAAAAAAAACAAAGGCUGUCUUUCUCUUUCACGGAAGCUCUUUCUUUUGAUUUCUUUCUUUACACUUACGAGCUUUGCGUUAACUUAAAAUAAGUAGGAGCUUAAUUAAAAUAAACUUAUACACAAAUAAAACAAGUAUUGAGUGAUCAAGUGCAGUUUAUUCCUAAACAUAACACGAUUGGACGCGGACAGAGUUCAAUAAACUUGAAUGUCGGGCAGGCCUUUUAGAAAUGUCAUUAGUGGUUGGUUAUUGGAUUUUAUUGUGAAUGUUUUGUGAUUCUAUCGAAAAUAACUAUAUGUGCUAGUGUCAGAGACGUGUUGCUAUGGAAAAUCAGAAUCAUCCUGAGAGAGUUGUGCCGGUUCAAUAUGGUAGAGGUUCAAGAGCUUUUCGUCAGUUUAAAAAUCCUCCACAGCCGCACAUGUGUAUCCAAGAUACAAUAAAGGGCACUUCGGAGAAAUUAUACAUUAAUGUGUUGGGAUGGCAGAAAAUAGCUAACCCGAAACAGUAUUCAGAUCCCAUUCCUUUGUAUGGUGGAAUGCAGGUGCCACAGAACUAUGGUCCAAAUUCAGGGAGACCUCCGAUGAUAGUGUUUGCAGUUAUGGUCAAUCCAGACAUACUCAAAGCUAAUGGGAAAAAUGCCAGCAGCCCCACAGAUCGGGAAGCACUAGUGAGUCUCCUCUGUGACUUUGUGGAGGCUAUGAACCCAGGACUAGUGUUAGCAAGGAACCCUGUCAUCAUGAAGGAUAGAGACCUUGCCGGAGAACUGAAAGAUGUCUGGCUUGCUGUACAAAAUAAAAGAGAGCGGGAGAAAGGAAUGAAUCAAGAUGUUAUGUAUAAGGUUUAUGACAUAGAUGGUAUUGGUGAAGACAAUAUGAAUGAAGAUGAUGUUCAAAUGAAACAAGGUGGCUCUCCCAAUAGGGGACCAAAUGGUGACAAAAAACCUGUAAAGUCAUCCAAGCAAAUACUGCUGAAUGCUGGCCAGAAAUCAGAAUUUGAUUCAGGUAUGAACAAUUGCCAACUAAACCAGACACACUCAAACCGAGACAAUAAAACCGGUAACAGUUCACCGGACACUACAUACUGUACUCCUGUUUAUGGUCAAAUAGUUUCAACACGAGAAAAUCACAACCAAAUAAAUGACAUUCAGCAAAAGUUCUCUUCAAAUGAAAUGAAACCUUCAAGCUCAUUCCGGAAAGACUGGAAUCCCAUGCAUGGCAAGACAACUGAAGGCUGGGACGAAUUCUCAAAACGCAACAUAUCCACAAUCAAAAGCGACGAUAAAAAACGAUGUAUCAAAGACAAAUCGAAAAUAAGCAAUGGCAAGUCUCACUACGAUUUCUUCCCAUACUUUGACAAUAAAUCAGCAAAUGAUGCGGAGGGUUCAGAGGAAGAAGACAGUAUGAACAAGGAACAAAUUACGAACGAAGAAAAUUCUAAAAUAAUUAUAGACCCAAUGCAGAAACUAGUUCUGCAUUCGACUGAUAAGAAUAUAUGUGAUAAUAACACAAGUGCUCUCAGCUCAAUAAGCUCAUAAAAUAAGCUUUUACAAACAUUUUUGUAUGGCAGUUGACAUUUAAAUAUUUGAUGUAAUCGCUUGCAUGUCUGCAUACCCUCCUCGAACUCGUGACACUCGCAAUCUGAAUCGAGAUGUUUACACUUGGUGAGUAGCAAACUACUCAAAUGCCACAAUAAAAGCGAUUGUGCAAGUGUAACGUGAGCGAAUGAAUGGUCGGAAUAUUCAUGUAACAAUAGCAAUCUAGGUGGAGCAAUAUUUUUUUAAUUUUAUGGUGUUUAACUAAUAUUUAUGUUUGAGUAUGAGAUUUGUAUGCAUGGCUUGUGUUUGAUGGUUUUGUCUUGAUAGUUUUAUAGAUCACAAUAUUCCAGUCCAGCCAAAUUGUUUAUCACACGUAUUAAAAUUAGUUAGUGUUACAAAUAUUAUGGUAAAUUGUGUGCAUGAGAUUUUAUCACCUAUAGAUAUUGUGAAUAUUAAUGAGCUAUUUCACUUGUAAUCUUGGUAACAAUGUCACAGAAAAUAGACUUAUUUAUUUAAAUCGGAUACAAAAACCAUGACUUUUAAAAUACUAUGACAGAAACAGAAUGCUAUACAGAAAUACAGUAAGUGUUUAUUGAAACAAUAUAAUGUUUAUGUGUGAGUUUUAUGGUUGUGUAUUUAACUAAUGGUUGAGUGGUGGUAGCGCUCAUGUCGCGUUUGUUCAAACUAGGCCGAUUGUUGUUAUUAUCACUAAAGACUGAUUGAGCAUUGGCCGAAAUAUAUGGCGACUAAUCCCCUUACAGACUCUGAUAAUCUUGACUUUUAAGAUGUUCCUAAAAUUAUUUCUGUACUAGAUACAUUUUA